GUUUUUCGUCUCGUCUUUACAGGGCCGGAGUAGAGUCGGUUAUUUCCACCCUAAGAACAAUCAGAGGUCAUUACGCACCGCCAUCCCUGCACGAGUAUUUUCUUCAUACCACGAUUUCCGUUGAGGGUAGUUUCAUCUCCACACGACUCCAACGUAAACUCUAACUUGUCGCAGUUCCCAUGAUUACUUGAGCAUUCGUUUCCACCACGACACUCACAUUUUCAUUUUUUCUCUACUUCGCUAAGUAAAGUGUGAAUUUUGAUUGUGUGGAAAAAAAAAAUACCUGUGCAUGGAAUUCCUCCCCCUGGACUCGCAAAGCAACGGUAAGUUCCUGACCCUAACGGAGAAAAAUCAGAUCACCUGCCACACCAACUGCCGCCAGGAAUCCCAGGGCACGGCGUUUUUUCCUGUUUCAUCUAGCACUUCGGGCCCAACAAGUCGCGGUUCUUUCACCAUCAAAUGCACAAACAAGCCGGGCCGCAUGCGGUAUUUCGUCGGGUUAGCCGACCAUUUGUUCAACCCCGCAGCCUAUCAAAUGUAAAAAUCUCUGGGUCUGGAAACUUGUGAUGCAAGAAAGGGAAUAGUGAACUCACUAUAAUGCGCUGCCAAGCAUGACAAGUUUUUUCCAUGGGUCUGAGUUGCGUAUUUCGCAUGAGAAACUGCGUUUUUGCAUGACAGGGAGGAGGAGCUCUUUGCGGCCAUGCAACACAGAGCUCAGCGUCAUGCCAGACAAGCAUGACAAAUCUCGCAAUCUCCCAGACCCAGACACUUUUACAUUUGAUACAGCCGGGUGUGCGGACAUCGCGAAAAACUCCCUAGCGUCUUUAGAAAAUCUGAAAGCCGGGCUGCAUAAGAAUACCGGUGGAACUUCUACGAAGAGUAAUGUCUGUUUGCAGUCGUCGACACCGUCUUUUCACACCGGGAGCUUGGUGAAAGUCGAGUGGAGCUCUUGUUCUGGCGCCGGAAAGAAUGAUGAGAACAACAAUCAGCUCGACGUACGAAUCAGCGUAGACACCACGGGAUUUUCGCAGAGUUGCAAGGUGGUUAAAAAGAAAGGCGCGGAAUUGUUUGGCUUCGUGUCCCUUUACAAUAGAGAAGCGGUUUUUGAGAUCGUGGAAGAAUGAUGGUGUUUUUGAUCCACAACUUCUACUUUAGAAUACUGAACGGUUGUUGUAAGCAACAAGAAAGAAAGUACUUGUUCCCGAUUGAGAUUGACA